AUGGCGUCCGUUCAGGUUUUGUCGAUUGCUACUCCUCCCGUCUCUGCUGCCUAUAAGGCCCCCAGUGUCCCAUCUACUUCUCGUAUCUCUGCUCCCCAUCCAUCUGGCCAUCGUACCCUGCUCCCUGUUGGACCUGCUUAUAUUAACCAUUUGCGCCUUUCUCUCCACCAUUCACACUCGUUCUCCUCGCUCGACAAGCACCUUGAAGCAGAACGCGAACGUCUCGCCGCCCUCCAUGGAGAAGACAACGCUGGAGAAGAUGAUCUCGGUGUAGGCGACGAAGAGGAAUCUGAAGAACUCCUGGCUCUUGAUCCCAAGGAGUGGAAGAAACAAGAUCACUAUGCUGUCCUUGGUCUUUCUCAUCUUCGCUACAAAGCUACCGCUGACCAGAUCAAAAUUGCUCACCGCAAAAAAGUGUUGAAGCACCACCCCGACAAAAAGGCUGCCACCACCACCAAUGUCUCCAGCUCGCUAUACCUCGCCGGCGUGAACCAAAAUACCAACGACGAUGCCUUCUUCAAGUGCAUCCAAAAGGCUCACGAGGUCCUCACAAACCCCGAAAAGCGCCGCCAAUUCGACUCUGUCGACCCCGUAUUCUUGGAGCUCGAGGAGGAGAUGCCUACCCUCGCCGAGUUCAAGAGCAAAAAUCUUGAUUUCUUCAAGACUUUUGGACCUGUCUUUGAUUUGUACUCCCGCUUCUCCAAGGCUCAGCCUGUUCCUGGGCUUGGCCACAUCGACUCCUCCAAGGAUGAAGUAGAGGGCUUCUACGACUUCUGGUACAACUUUGACAGCUGGAGAAGCUUCGAGUGGCUUGAUAAGGAAGUCAACGAGGGCAGCGACAGCCGUGACGACAAGCGCUACACUGAGAAGAAGAACAAGUCGGAGCGCGCCCGCAGAAAGAAGGAGGAUACCGCCAAGCUUAGAGGAUUGGUCGACAUGGCUCUCGGCCUUGACCCUCGCAUUAAGCGUAUCAAGCAGCAGGAGAAGGAGGCUCGCGAGGCGAAGAAGAAAGCUGGUAACCCUGCGGCCGCCGCCAAGAAAACCAAACAGCAAGAGGAAGAGGAGAAGAAGAAGGCCGAGCAGGCUGCAAAGGAGAAGGAGGAGGCUGAGAAGCUUGCCCGUGCUGAGGCGAAGAAGCAGAAGGCUGCUGCUGCUAAUGCGGCCAAGAAGGCGAGAAGACAGCAGAGAGCCGCUGAAGAAGGAGGAGCUGCGUAG